GGAAAGGGAAAGAAGUCGGUAUGGACAGCAACAUCACGCUGUGGCAGUUUCUGCUGGAGCUGCUGCUGUCCGACCAGUACACGCCCAUCAUUCAGUGGACGAGCCAGGAGGGCGAGUUCAAGCUGGUCAACGCGGAGGAGGUCGCUAAGCUCUGGGGUAUCCGCAAGAACAAGCCGCAGAUGAACUAUGACAAGCUCAGUCGUGCGCUUCGCUACUACUAUGACAAAAACAUCAUCAAGAAGGUCAUGGGCCAGAAGUUCGUCUACAAAUUUGUGACCUUCCCCGAGCACAUGAAGCUGGAGAAGUCUGUGCCAUUCCACGUGAAGAUGGAGCAGCUACAGAAGACGGGCGGCCCGGGCGGCGGUAGUCCGGGUACCCCCCAGCCGCCGCCGCCGCCGCCACCGCCGCCGCCGUCUCAGCAGCAGCAGCAGCAGCAGCCGCCGCCACCGUCCGCCUUGCCGAAGAUGGCCGGCUUCAGUCCCUACCCCAGUGCCAUACACAACAACUUGAUGAGAAGCUCAUCGAUGGAGUCGAUGUCAAUGUACCAGUCGUUUCUGCGGCACCCGUACGCCAUGGGCGGGCUGCCGUCGCGCGACAUGUACCGCGAGUUGCGCGGCUACCACGACCUGCCACCCGUCUCCUCGGCGCUGCCGCGGCCGCCACCGCCGCACGCGCCCGAGCCUAGCGCCGCGCACGCACCGCCGCCGCCACCGCCGCCGCCGCCGCCGCCGCCGCCGCCCCCGGCCGCCGAGGACAGCACCGACAGCGGCGGCAGCCGAUCACCGUCGCAGGCACGGCCGGCCGCAGUGCGUGAGCCGCGUGUUAAGCUGGAGCCGCCCGGUACGCCGGAGCGGCCGCGCCUGCCACCCGUGCCGCCAAUUUGCAUCAAGCAGGAGUGCGAGCCCGAGGAGGCAGUGUCGGCCGAGGCGGACUCGCUGGCAGCGCCGUACGAGCGGCGGCCGCUGGCACUAGCCUCGCCGCGCUGCUGCUCGCCGCGCCGCUCGCCCAUCCGCUCGCCCAUGCCGCUGAAGACGCCCAAGUCGCCGCUGUCGCUUCUGACACCGAAGUCGCCGCUGCGCUCGCCGGCCGUGCGCAGCCGCAGCCCUGACUGGCGCGCCCAGGAGCAGCCGAUGAACCUGGAGAUGCCGAAGCGCGGCCCCAAGCCACGACCGGCGCACAGCAAGCCGAGCAAGCCCAAGCCCAGCCCGCUGUCCAUCACGUCGAUGGACUCUAGCUCACCGCUCUCCAGUCCGCACCCGUACUCAGCGAACUCGCUGAACACGCCCGUGGUUAACCUGGCUUCGCCUCCUUACCUGCCAGUCGGGCCGACGCCGACGCCGUACGCGCCGUUCCACUUCUUUCCAUCGUUCUCUCCCAUGGCGAACCUGAGCCCGCACUUCGGCGCCACGCAGGGCUCCAUCUUCCAGUUCCCGCCGGUGCUGACAUCGACGAUGAUGCCGCGCUCGCCGUCGCUGCCGCUACUGACGCCGCCCGAGCAGGUGGCGCCGCUCAGCCUCGUCUCGCCCAGCAAAACCAUUUCGGUCAAGUUAUGAUAUUCGGGCUCGCCGCCGCCGCCGCCGCCGCCGCCGCCGCCGCCGCCGCCGGCGAGGAACUCGUGACGCGCUUUCGGUGACGGCGCGCGUUCAACCGACUGAGGGUGCCGGCCCGCCACCCGCCGGCCAGACGCAAGUGCUGGCGGUCGCCGAGAGGUGGCGCCAUGCGCGCCCGUGCCAACGCUGUGCUUGUGUCGCUGUGCCAGCCCUGGAGUUGGUCGACCCAGCCAGUGCUCCGCUACCUCUCCACCGUUGUUCUGUGGCGACGUUACGUGUAGGAUGGGCAUUGCGUGUCGCAGACCACGCACGUAUCUCACCGUGUGGCCCCGAGCCGGACAGAAGUGGGCGACUCGGCAGUAAGGUCGGGGCGCGUGCCCGGCUCCGGGCGAGUGACUGCAAUGUGUGUGCUGCUGCCGCUGCCUCGCUUGCGUCGGCCGGCCGACUUGUCCGGGGUUAUUUUGUACAUGGAUCAGCGCCGGAGAGACCGGCCUCUUCCCAGCUCAUCCUGACAUCAGUGCCUUGUAAAUAUAUAUAAAUAUAUACACACACGAAUACACAAACACACACACAUGCAUACAUACCAACAUCAAGUACCUGUUGGCUGCUCUUUCAGUUACCGCGCGAGGCGUGAGCUGAUGAGACAGCCCGGUAGAUCGAACCGGUUAGACGUAUGGCUCCACAUUCAGGGUCUAGUGUGAGGCAAAAAUUCGCUCCGUUGUUUUGUUUGGUAGGGAUCUUCAAAUCAGAUCAGCUAGAUGCUUUAUUUGGUUUUGAAGCUGGUCUUUCGGGUGAGCGUUGGCACAGCGGUCACUGUGGGCGGCCGAGGCCGCUGUUGGUGUUCGUCUUUCUCGCCAGGAGCGGCGCCAUAUGAGGGUGAGCCGAAGCGCGUGGGGGGAAGGUUUGCUUGGACGGACGGUGCUCGGAGUAGUUUGUUAACUCGCCAUGCCAUUAAUGUUCGCAUUUAUUGUGAGCCAAGCGGCCGUGUAUGCUGGUAUUCCUCGUUCGCACAUCAGUCGGUGUUUCUUUUCAGUGUUGUCUCUCCGGCUGCCUUGAGUGUUGGAUUAACAUGAGUUUCCAUCGCCACACUUCCGCCGCUGCACUUGUACGCUUUCUUCCAACGUGCCGUUUCCCUAUCGGCUACUGAUGUAUCCUGGCCGGCCGUGGUGCGCCGCCCCGCUCGGGACGUCCCCCGUGUGCGCUGACCCCGGCCCGGCGCGCGCCGGCCCAGCGUCGACCUCAGUGUGGUGGCCGGGUGGGCGCCCGCCGCGCUGCCUCCUCGCUCUCCUGCCCUGCGCCGCUGAUCAGUGCCGGCGAGGCGGCUGUCCUUUUCCCGCGGCCGCGCGCCAGCCCGCCACCGCCGCCCCCCGGUCUGCCUGUAAAUACUGUACGCGACGCCCGCCAGAUGGCGCCACAGAUAUGAGCCGAUUAUUUUGGUAUUGAUGACUUGUGAUACAAGUAUUGUGCUGUUUGCGUGAAUACAAUGUGCCAACCGUUCAUCGUUAAAGGAGAAAUAUACCGUUCAACAUAAA